AUGAAACCCAAACUUCAACAACCAUUAAAUCCACAUAUUGAAGCCAAAAUGAGAUCAGAACCUGUAUCUGUUGCUCCUGUGGCCGUCGAUCCAAAAGCAGUCGAUGCAACUUCAAAAGCCGCAUCUACAGACCCCACAUCAAAUGAGCCAUCAACCGCCCCUGAAUCUCUUCCUGCACCUGAUGCGCCAAAAUCACCUGCUGCAGAUUCGGUGUCACCACCAUCCAACACCCUGACCACACCCGAGAAAUCUUCGAAAACAGAGACAUCAACGCCUGAAAAGAAAACUGUUGAUUUCGUGGAAGUUAAAGGAGCAAUGGAGAAUAUGCUUAAUGAACUUCCUUCUUUGAUUAAGGAUACAGAGCAGAGUGAGAUGUGGGGUGUCGAACUCACUGCCGAUAUCAAUCACGUUCCUACCACUAUUGUGCUUGAGAAGUUUCUCAGAGCUAAUAAUAAAAAUGUGGCGGAGGCUAUCGUGCAGCUUAAGAAAGCUUUGAAGUGGCGGAAGGAGAUGAAUCCUAGGAAGCUACUCACUGAUGUUGAGUUUGAUACGUCAAGGUUUGGAGAUCUGGGAUAUGUGACUGUUUAUUCUCAGCCAGAAGGAAAGGUGAAGGAGAUCGUCACGUGGAAUAUUUAUGGUGCGGUUAAGGAUAAGAAGGCUACCUUUGGGGAUGUUGAAGAAUUCAUCAAGUGGCGUGCUGCUCUCAUGGAGCUCUCUGUUCAGGAGCUUGACCUCAAAUCCGCGACAGAGAAGAUCCCAGAAGAUGGAGUUGACCCAUAUCGUAUGGUUCAAGUACAUGACUACCUCAAUGUAUCAUUCCUGCGAAUGGAUCCUAGCGUCAAAGCAGCCUCGAAGAAAACCAUUGAAACAUUCAGCAUGGCCUAUCCAGAGUUGUUGAAAGAGAAAUUCUUUGUCAAUGUGCCACUUGUCAUGGGAUGGGUGUUUGCUGGAAUGAAGCUCUUCUUAAGUGCCGAGACUGUCAAGAAAUUCCAUCCUUUGAGCUACGGCAGCAACCUAGCGGCAGAACUUCCUGACUUUGGCCAGGAUUUGCCAGUUGCUUAUGGUGGCAAGGGCAAGGACAUCAAAGAGGGGUUGACUGUUAGAUAUGCUCCAGCGGAUGCCGACGUCAAGGCUACUGAGGACUAA